CAUAUGCGUAAACCUUGUUCUCGUGCAGUAACUCGCAAAUUCGACUACUACUAAUCAAGACAUUGGUUGUUUAAAUAGCACCUAAUCCUAUCAAUACAUCUCUUGCAGUUUAGCUUCCUUAAACAAUCAAUCAAUCAAUCAUCAUAUCAUAAUCAAGAUUUUCGAUUUGCGCUAUGAGCGUAAAGCAAAUCGUACUCAAGGUCGCCAUCAACUGCCAGCAAUGCAAGAUUGAAGUCCUGAAGGCAGUUACCAAACUUACGGGUGUGGAUAUGGUACAACUGGAUGCAGAGAAAGGAAUACUAACCGUUUUGGGGACUGUUGACCCUGUCUGUGUGGCGACACGAAUCAGAAAAGCGGGAAAUCACGCGGAAAUUACGAGCGUGGGCCCGCCAAAGCCACCGGAGCCUAUUAAACCACCCGAGCCAGAAAAGCCGCUUCCUCCUUGCUGUAAGCAAUGCCAGCUUGUUGCUGUGAGUUUUGUUACCUAUGACAGCCCCCCAGCUUGUUCUAUCCUAUGAAAAAACAAAAAAAAAAAACGAGAAUUUCUUGUAUGUAUCUAUCUCACAUUCGAGUUCUCUUUCUCUCUAUUUUUUUUUUUUUGUUUGUAUAUGUAUCUAUCCUCCAAAACGACAUCAGUUUCGGUAGAUAAAAUAGUUUCUUCAUUCUUUCUCGUUUGAGGGCAAAGUGACUGCACGCCCAUGUUUUAAACAUGUUCCGAGAUUUUAAAAGUUUGUAUUUGGAUGAAUCGAUUUCAAA